GCUAAUAAUGAGUGUAACAGUGGGCGAGGGGGAGAAAGACGCGACGAGGCGAAUGCGAAUGCGAAUGCGAAGGCGAAUCUUUUUGUCCUGAAUCUGAAUUUCUCUUUCCUUAUAUAUAAACGAAUCUCUAUCUUCUUCCCUUCCUUAUCACCUCAAUUCAGGGUAUGGUACUUUGCCACUUAGCGCCGCACACAAUCACCACCAUGGACCUCAGCUUGGACCUCACUCUGGGCUUCGUUCCCCAACCCAUUUCCCUCUUUUUCCCUACCAAACUAGAUAACCACCAAACACUCGCCACGCUCGACGCCUUCGUCCAAAGAUUGGAAGACGAGUUGACCAAGGUCCAGGCCUUCAAACGCGAGCUUCCUCUCUCCAUGCUCCUCCUAAACGACGCUAUAGCGAGGUUGAGGGAGGAAAAAGUUAAGUGUUCCGGAAUGCAAGAUCAAGAUCCACCUAUCAAUCAAGAAGAGUUUCCGCCACUGGAAAAUGAAAACGAAAGCACUGAGAAGAAGAAUUGGAUGAGCUCAGCGCAGCUCUGGAGCACUCACAAAACCAAAUCGAGGAUUGAUGAAGAGGAUGAUGGUAACCCAGUUAAUGGCGAUUCGUGUGUGCCGAAGACGGAGGGUUCGCAAGUUCCGAGGUUUAAUUUGGUGACUCCUGCGUCUGAACCGAGUCAUAGCAAUUCCAAGAGUGUUUGCGGAGAUAACAGUGGUGGCUCCUCUUUGCUCCGUGUUGAGUUACAGAGUCAGCCACAACCGCCGCAACAUAUGCAGCAGAAUCCUAGGAAGCAAAGGCGCUGCUGGUCGCCGGACCUUCACCGCCGUUUUGUUGACGCGCUUCAACAACUUGGUGGAGCACAAGUGGCCACCCCUAAACAAAUUAGAGAACUGAUGCAGGUGGAUGGCCUGACAAAUGAUGAAGUGAAAAGUCAUUUGCAAAAGUACAGGCUUCAUGUUAGGAGAUUCCCAGUUUCUUCAGUUGGGCAGGGUAAUAAUGGCUCAUGGAUGGGGCAAGAUGAAUGUGGGGAAAAAUCAAAGGGAAACUUGUCAGUGUCACAGACUGGUUCUCCACAAGGUCCUCUUACACCUCUACUCCUUGGAGGGUCUGUUAAGGGUCUCUCAAGCCCUGGAAGGAACAGUGUGGAUGCAGAAGAUGAGCAAUCAGAUUGCCAGAAUUGGAAAGGAGGGUUCCACCAUCAGCUUGAACCUGAUAAUCAGAGCCUCUAAAAUUUUGCAGAUAAAUGACAAUAAAAUACAUAAACGAUCAAGACCCAGAAUUUGACAACAUAAAAGUAAUAGAUCUAACACAGAACUAUAGGGAUUAAGUUUAUGCUACCAUUAUUUUUGACUCUUUGGUAGAGAGAUACUGAGGGCUUUGCAGAUUUUUCAUUUUUUUUUAUAAAGUUGGUAUAAUUGUAUGUACCUACAACUUUAAUGGGAAAUUUUCAUAGAUUAACCCGCAUUUAUGCUAUGUGCUCCAAUUUCUUAUAUUGUGAUUUGGCUUUUGGAGUUUGAAUAUUAUGCAAAUGCCACCCUGAAAAUAUCCAGUUUGGAUGCUA